CAUUCACUUUUCACCGAGGGGGCGGAGAAGCGGCGUUGAAGCCACGCCCAGCAGCAUUUUGCAGCUGUCAAUUAUCUGACGUCAGCGUGUGCUCUGCAGGUGCAGGGAGAGAGCUGCUGCAUUGGUGCAAUAAGACCCGAGCUAAAUAAAAAAGAGAUGGCAUCAGCUACAGACUCCCGUUAUGGACAAAAAGAAUCCUCUGACCAGAACUUUGAUUACAUGUUCAAGAUCUUAAUUAUUGGAAACAGCAGCGUGGGCAAGACUUCCUUUCUCUUCCGAUACGCAGACGACUCAUUCACCCCAGCAUUUGUCAGCACGGUCGGAAUAGACUUCAAAGUGAAAACUAUUUACAGGAAUGACAAAAGAAUCAAGCUGCAGAUCUGGGACACCGCUGGACAGGAAAGGUACAGGACAAUUACCACUGCAUAUUACCGGGGUGCUAUGGGCUUCAUCCUGAUGUAUGACAUAACCAAUGAAGAGUCGUUCAAUGCUGUACAGGACUGGUCAACCCAGAUCAAAACCUAUUCCUGGGACAAUGCUCAAGUUCUAUUGGUUGGUAACAAAUGUGACAUGGAGGAUGAAAGGGUUGUGUCAUCAGACCGGGGAAGACAGCUAGCAGAGCACCUUGGCUUUGAAUUCUUUGAAGCCAGUGCUAAAGACAACAUUAAUGUGAAGCAGACAUUUGAACGUUUGGUGGACAUAAUCUGUGAAAAGAUGUCCGAGAGCUUGGAUACAGCUGAUCCAGCUGUUACUGGAGCCAAACAGGGACCUCAGCUCACUGACCAGCAGGCUCCACCACACCAGGACUGUGCCUGCUAAAGAACAUGCCUUUCCUUGUCCAGAUAUAUAAACACACAUACAGCAUUCCGCACCCCUGUCCCUAUCGGCUGUAAAAUGGUUACCUCUCCCUCACAGACCUUUAAAACCUGCAUAUCAUCAGAAGAUGACUUUGUCUGUUACAACCUUUUUAGUUAGAAUCUAUGUAGCAAAGAGAGAGUUAAAACUGAGUGGUUGAAUAAAAAAAUAGUUUAAAAAUAAAUUAUAUAUAAAUAUAUAUAUGUAUAGAGAGAGUGAAUUAACAAUAGUAUUGAGAAGGAAAUGACUAGAAAAAUGCCAUUUUUGUACAGCGUUUUUCUACUAUGAAAAUGGCUAAACACUAAGAUCUAUAUAUAGAGACAUCUUUGACUCUGUACGGAAUGGAUUUUUUUUAGCAUUUCAAUGGCAAUAUCCAUCCAAAAUAAGAGAUCCUAUAAAUGUGUCCGCAUGAAACAUGAAUGUUCUAUCAGUUCACCCUGAAUUGCUUUUUGUGUGUGUGCAUUGAAACACUUCCAUAUUGUACCUCUUGCCACUCUUUUGUGUUAAGAUUAUUUAUAUAUAUAUAUACAGUAUAUAUUUUAUUAUACUUUUGUUUUCCUGUGUCUGAAUUUGCAAUAUGUAUGUGAGAAUCUAUCUUCCUAUUUUGAUGGAGUGCCGUUCCAGGUUCCCGCCACAAGAAGGCAGCUGCUUUAUAUAGAGGAGUAAUGUGGCCAGUAAUAGUCCUUUUAAUGUACUGACUUUAGGCGGUGAUAGAAUAUCCUUUCAAUAAAUAUUCCAGUCCUAUUUAAUUUUUGAUCUCCUAAAGUAUAUAGUCACAAAUAUAUAUAUAUAGCAAAUUGUAUGUUAAAUAUUACGGGCUUUUUAAAACUGCAUUUGAGUGCUGUGAAUCUCCUCUGCAAUUUUGUUUCUGUAGUUACAAUAGAGUAAGUGAAAAGAGGAUAAUUUGUUUUAAUAAAUGUAUUUCUAAAGAGAGUCAGCUCUUAAAAAAAAUAAAUACUUUCAAAAAAACCUCUUUAAAGGUGCAACAUUUCCAUAAUUCAGUUCUGAAUUAUUCAGCGUACAACAACAGCCUGUGGUAGAAGAAGUGCCCACUGCGGUAUUUUAGAUGACAACCGCCAGUAUCACUGCAGACAAAUCGCUAACCAAAUAAGCAGUGGAUGCCAAAAACACUUAUUUUUAUUUAUUUAUUUUUAAAGAUGCAUUUUGUUCUCCGGAGCUAGUAGACUGUAUUUAAUUGCCAUAAUCCCCCCCCCCCCCCCCCCCCCCCAACCUUCCCAUUUAGUCAGAUUCAUCUUUUAACAGGUAUUCAUUUUUACCUUCUAACUAGUAGUAGUCCGCUAGAUGAAGUAAAUCUGAAGACCAACCACUUGCAGAUUUUCCUGAAGUGGCUCUAGAAUGGUAAAAUAGAGCAUUGUGCAUGCAUAUGUAACAUGUAUGGGACUGGCAAGGCAUAAAGGAAGCGUUGUUAGUUGCACCUUUAACAGAAAUGGUUUACUUGAUUUUUCCAAGUUAAGAAUAAAGUCUUCAGUCUGCUGUUCACCUUGA